GUUUCGGAGCUAGGAACAAGCUUAUGCGCAAGAGCGGACAAGUCGGUCUGGAAAGAUGGCGCAGUCAGAGAAUCUGGCGUGGUCUCGUUUGCCUCACUGCGCCACUGAGCACUUUUAUGAAUGGGGACGCCAUAUUGGAAGAAGUUGCUGUCUUUAGUAAUAGAACUCUAUGCACUGUGCACGGUUGGUUGGUUGGAAUGUUUGUUUAGUGUUGUGAAGUUCUUUUCAACUAGACCUAUCAGCAUUGAAGUUAGUAUUUUCUUACUUUGGAGAACAACACGUUCGCAAAGAAAUAGUGCGCGGUAUUGCACAAAUACCACUGUUCGGAGACUUAGAAACAAGACUGUUUCCAAGACUGACUUGGAAAUAAACGAGAUCUAGGUACUGUAUGUCCACAAUUAGCAAGGUAAUGUCGUCUUCAGAAUCUGACGCCGGGAUGUCUCAAAGAAUGGUCUGGGUGGAUUUAGAGAUGACAGGUCUUGACAUUGAGAGGGACCAGAUUAUUGAGAUGGCAUGCAUCAUUACUGACUCAGAUUUGAACAUUUUGGCUGAGGGUCCUAAUUUGAUAAUCAACCAAUCAAGUGAGCUGCUGGACAGAAUGUCAGAUUGGUGUAAAGAGCACCAUGGGCAGUCAGGGCUUACACAGGCUGUUAGGGACAGUAAGGUCUCCCUGCUGCAGGCAGAGUACGAGUUCCUCUCCUUCAUCAGACAACACACCCCACCUGGCCAUUGUCCCCUUGCUGGCAACUCUGUGCAUGCUGACAAGAAGUUUUUGGAUAAAUACAUGCCGCAGUUCAUGCACCAUCUACACUACAGAAUAAUUGACGUGAGCACCAUCAAGGAGCUCUGCAGCUGCCUGCACAACAUUCAAGUUGUUGAAUUUGUGCCCAAGGACUUGUACGGUGGUUUCCUGAAGAAUACAUGCUUGCACCACAGAAGAAAGCAUCUCACAGCAAUGAUGACACAAGCGGAAAUCAGAUCUCACACUGAUAUGGCAGCUCGACUGAAACAAUCCAAGUCGACCAAGAGCAUAUCGACCAGAAAAUCGACCAGUCGACCAAGUGGGGACAGCCCUAGUGCUGUGAUUGCAGCCAAAGAGCACUGGAUGACAUUGAAGAAAGUAUUAAGGAGCUGCAGUUCUACAGAGCAAAUAUUUUCAAAGCACAAAUGGAAGAAAAACAGCCCAAGAUUGUGGAGAAUGAGGACAAUAACAAGAUUGCAUAAAGUGUCCCACUCUGGAGUUGGAAAGGGAAUAUUGGGUGUAAAUCUAACUUGCACAAGUUGUUGUUAGUUUGAACUUCUGUGUACAGGUUUUCAAGAGCAGUAUUUAUAAAUUCCAAUUAAUACUACUUGUCUGCUUUGUUCAGUAGUUUGUUUUGUUGUGAAUGAAACAAGUCCAAUUUCUUCCAUGUUAUGCCCUGUUGAAAGAUUGUCAUCAAUGCAACAAUUUAUUUGCAUAAUUUGGACUAAUCACUAUUUACGGUUAUAAAGAAAGAUUGGUGCCGAAAUUAUAUCAUUAAGUAAUUAAAUAAUUUAAAAGUGAAAUGUUACCUUAAAUAAUUAAAUAAUGUUAAACAUAUAAUAAUUUGUGUCCAUAUUUGAUCAUUUAUUUCAGUAUUUAUUUAUUUCAAAAUGAAAUAAGGUACCAGAAAGAGUUUGCUCUUCAUUUGACGUAUAUUCAGUGGGCAAUUAUUCCAAUGAUUGAUGGCACAAUAAAUAACUGUUUUCUUUAUAGCAUUGGUAGCAUCAUCAGCUGACCUAGUCAAAUGAGAAUGAACCUCACACCUAACAAUUUGGUUAUAUAAAGAAUAUCUUAUUGGGUGAAUUUUGUGUAAACCCAACCAGUGUAAACCCAACCAGUCUCGAUCAGUUGAUAACCUUCUUGGUAGAAAGUGACUUUGGUAGUGGUGUAUUUCUGAUAUACAGUUUCAUAGUUAUUCCUGUGGAGAUUAUGGAAUAAAAUAUAAUAAAACAUACUUCA